GGCUGUCACACGUCCACCAGCCGUCCUUUUGCACGGUAUGAACCGCGUGGAAGUUGAUCCUUACCUCGCAGGGAAACUCACCCGCCGGUCAAUCGGCGACCCCGGAGCGGCGGAGAGCGGCUAGCGAUAUUACACAGGAGCGCCUCUCGGAUGACAGAACCCCUCGACCAGCACAUCGGGACUAGGUAUUCCACUGAAGGGAUCUGCCGCCGAUCUCAACACCAUGCUAUGGAAAGCAGACGCUUACAAUAAGUUCCCGUGUCCCGCGGCUCAUUUUUCACCACGAGCCGUUAAAUUUCUCCUAUUGCCCAUCCAGCCGGCUUUUCAUCUGCAAGACUGAAGUGACCAGAAAUCUGUGAACAGAGGAGAGAGGAGAGACAGACAGACAGAGAGAGAGAGACAGAGAGUGAUAGAGGGGCAGAAAUAGAGCGGUAAUAGUGGGACCUGCAUUGGUGUAUUUUGGUCUGUAGAUGGACCGGGUGCCCACGGCACUGGCAGCUAAGAUGCGGUGGAUCACGCUUGUCCUGGCCGGAUUGACUUUCUGGGGAAGUGUGUACAUUGGUCAUUGCUUCGACUACGAGGAAGCGAACUAUGAUUAUUACGAAGAGGAGAAAACGGAAACGAUCGACUACAAGGAUCCGUGCAAAGCCGCCGUGUUCUGGGGAGACAUCGCCCUCGACGAGGAGGACCUGCGCAUGUUCCACAUCGACAGGACCAUAGACCUGACGGAGCGCCCGCACACGCACACGCACGGCCGACAGGGACACACCACCGGUGGCCAGGAGGAACAGGACAUUGCCAAGAAGAGGAGUUCUCUGUAUCUGCUGUUGGAAAGGAUACGCAGGUUUGGCUUUGACUCUCUCCCUAGCAACCUCAGCAGGGCCUCUCCGGGGUCCGGCCCCGCCGGUGGGAAGGGGGAGAAGCCCGCCAGCGCUCUGAAGGGCCGCUUCCCCCGCGCAGCCACGUCCCGGGCCGAGAGGAUCUGGCCCGGGGGGGUCAUCCCCUAUGUCAUCGGAGGGAACUUCACAGGUAGUCAGAGGGCCAUGUUUAAACAGGCCAUGCGUCACUGGGAGAAGCAGACGUGUGUAACGUUCAUUGAGAAGACAGACGAGGAGAGCUACAUAGUGUUCACCUACCGACCCUGCGGGUGUUGUUCCUAUGUGGGUCGCCGUGGCAACGGGCCCCAGGCCAUAUCCAUAGGGAAGAACUGUGACAAGUUUGGCAUCGUGGUGCAUGAACUAGGUCAUGUGAUCGGCUUCUGGCACGAGCACACAAGACCCGAUCGCGACGAUCAUGUGACCAUCAUCCGGGACAACAUCCAACCUGGUCAGGAAUACAACUUCCUGAAGAUGGAGCCGGGGGAGGUGAACUCUCUGGGAGAGGCUUACGACUUCGACAGCAUCAUGCAUUACGCCCGGAACACCUUCUCACGGGGGAUGUUCUUGGACACCAUCCUCCCGUCUAGGGACGACAACGGGAUCCGGCCUGCCAUUGGCCAGCGCACCAGGCUGAGCAAAGGAGACAUUGCCCAGGCAAGGAAGCUGUAUAGAUGUCCAGCAUGUGGAGAGACACUUCAAGACUCCACGGGGAACUUCUCCUCACCGGGUUACCCCAACGGAUACCCCUCGUACACACACUGUGUCUGGAGGAUAUCGGUCACGCCAGGAGAGAAGAUUGUUCUGAACUUCACCACAAUGGACCUGUAUAAGAGCAGCCUGUGCUGGUACGACUACAUCGAGGUCCGGGACGGUUACUGGAGGAAAGCGCCCCUACUAGGCCGGUUCUGUGGUGAUAAGCUUCCUGAGGUACUGGUCUCCACCGACAGCAGAAUGUGGAUUGAAUUCCGGAGCAGCAGCAACUGGGUGGGGAAGGGCUUCGCAGCCGUGUACGAAGCGAUCUGUGGAGGGGAGAUAACGAAGGACUCUGGGCAGAUCCAGUCUCCUAACUAUCCUGACGACUACCGGCCCUCCAAGGAAUGUGUGUGGAGGAUCACCGUGUCUGAGGGCUACAAUGUGGGACUCAGCUUCCAGGCCUUUGAGAUCGAGAGGCACGACAGCUGUGCUUACGACUACCUGGAAGUUCGUGACGGCCCCCUGGAGACGAGCCCUCUUAUUGGUCGGUUCUGCGGCUACGACAAACCCGAGGACGUGCGCUCCACAGCUCACACGCUGUGGAUGAAGUUCGUCUCGGACGGGACGGUCAACAAGGCAGGCUUCGCUGCCAAUUUCUUCAAAGAGGAGGAUGAGUGUUCAAAGCCAGACAAUGGCGGAUGCGAGCAGCGGUGCGUGAAUACGCUUGGCAGCUUCAAGUGUGCCUGUGACCCGGGCUACGAGCUAGCGCCAGACAAGAAGAGCUGUGAAGCGGCCUGUGGGGGUCUUCUGUCCAAGCUGAACGGGACGAUCAGUACUCCAGGCUGGCCUAAAGAAUACCCACCCAACAAGAACUGCGUGUGGCAGGUGGUGGCUCCCACUCAGUACCGCAUCUCUAUGCAGUUUGAGAUCUUUGAGCUGGAGGGGAAUGAGGUGUGUAAGUAUGACUACGUGGAGGUGCGCAGCGGUCUGACCUCUGACUCUAAGCUCCACGGGAAGUACUGUGGCACGGAGGUCCCCGAGGUGAUCACCUCCCAGUACAACAACAUGAGGAUCGAGUUCAAGUCCGACAACACCGUCUCCAAGAAGGGCUUCAAGGCCCACUUCUUCUCAGACAAGGACGAGUGCAGCAAGGACAACGGGGGCUGCCAGCACGAGUGCGUCAACACGCUGGGCUCCUACGUGUGCGAGUGCCGCCACGGCUUCGUCCUGCACGAGAACAAGCACGACUGCAAGGAAGCUGAAUGUGAGCAUAAGAUCCACAGCCCCAGUGGGACCUUGAGUAGCCCCAACUGGCCGGACAAGUACCCAAGUCGCAAGGAGUGUACCUGGGACAUCACCGCCACCCCCGGACACAGAGUCAAGAUCACGUUCAACGAGUUUGAGAUCGAGCAGCACCAGGAGUGCGCCUACGACCACCUGGAGGCCUUUGAUGGCGACACGGACACGGCGGCCAUCUUGGGCCGGCUUUGCGGCAGCAAGAUCCCCGAGGCGCUGGUCUCCACGGGCAACAAGAUGUACCUGCGCUUCAUCUCAGACGCCUCGGUGCAGAGGAAGGGCUUCCAGGCCCUGCAUUCCACCGAAUGCGGGGGCCGUCUGAAGGCCGAGUCCCGCCAGAAGAACCUCUUCUCCCACUCCCAGUUCGGGGACAACAACUACCCGGGCCACACGGACUGUGAGUGGCUGCUGACGGCGGAGGCGGGCUACGGCGUGGAGCUCACCUUCAUCACCUUCGAGGUGGAGGAGGAGGCGGACUGCGGCUACGACUACAUCGAGCUGUACGACGGCUACGACGCCAACUCACACCGCCUCGGACGCUUCUGUGGGUCCGGGCCCCGGGAGGAGAUCUACACACCAGGGGACGUUGUGCUGAUCCGUUUCCAUAGCGACGACACCAUCAGCAAAAAGGGCUUCCACAUCCACUACACGAGCACCAAGUUCCAGGAACUUCACGACAGGAAGUGACCUCAGAGUCAGCCUCCCCCCUUGACCUCUUGACCUCUGACCCCGGGGGCCGCCGCCAACGCCGUAACCUUGAAAUGACCUUUGCCAUGGCAACCUCGAAAAAACAAAGCACAGUCUGGCCAAUCAGAUAUCCCUCGUUAGGACAAGACUUGUGGACGCCUACCACACUCCACAGGACGGAGGACUUAUGUGUUGUGUGAACCAAGCUCUCCUUCAGUGGCGCCAGUGGUCACCUGGAGAGGAGAGGGGAUGAGUGAUGGCUGAUGAUGAACUCAAUGUACUAUGGGACUGAACACACCAGCAUGACACAUGUCCACCACUCACUGAUUAGCGCCUCAUCACAGAGGAGUCCAAAGGGGAACCGGAAAUAUUUAAUCAAACCCGUGCACGUGGGAAAUGAAGGUGCACACGCGCAUAUGUGCACCCAUGCACACACACACACACACACACACACACACACACACACACACACACAUGCAAACAGACACACACACAGACACACAUCAACACACUCAACAGUGAUUGUUAUGCACCUCUUGCUUUGAUGCACAGGUGCAGUGCCAGCUGCUGAUUGGCUGAGGCUGUGGAUAUUGGGUUAACAAGGAUCUGACAUGGAGGCCUAACUGUGGACCCACUAUGGCAAACCCUGAAGACACAUGAGUGUUGAAGACUGUGGUCUACACAACUUACUGUGACCAUGCAUACAGAGUGACUUAUAGAGAGACAUGUUCAUUGCCUUUAAGGCCUGGGGAACUGGCCUGAACUGUACAGCUCACAGUGGCUGCAACUAGUUUUAUUGUAUGUCUUAUUCUCAAUCCUGUAAUGGUUGUUUAUGUGUGUAAAAAAUAUAAGAAAAAGCACAACAAAAGGCGUAUUCCUGUUCUGCCCAUUGCCUAAACUGUAUACAGACAACCAUCUAUGAAUGGAUGAAUUUAACAAAAAAAUGUCAGAGAAAUAAAAUGACCUUAGAUGUUAAUACUGAGCCUUGCAUUACUGUAUAUUAUAUGUUCCUGUUGUUUUAAGUUUGCACCAUGUUUUUUUAUUUGCUAAUGUAACAUAUGAAAUUAUAAGCUGUAUCCCUUGUGUUAAAAUGUUGUAACAGAAGGUAUGACCUACUCUACCAAAACACCCAUGUUUACCCUGAAACGAGAAUAUACGGUCCAAAUAUGUUUCAACUGAUGACUUGAAGGACAGUUUCAUCCUUAUCCUUAUUAUGUCUUUUGGAAGAAGAAAACAACAACGAUCGAAAGGGGAGAGGAGAUUAUCCAAUGGUGCUAAAAUAUAUACAUGAAUAAGAUGUGUUUUUGUAUGGAUUGAACCACGAUGAAAGUGAUUAAAUGAUGUGAGAGCGUGUAAAUAGAGCGCCUAAAUCAACACACUGGUCCACGAUAAUGCCUUAGCACCAAACGUCCCGCCCUCGCACAGACCUCGACCGCCAGCCGACUGAUGGGACGUUUCUGCGGGGCGUGGAGUUUGUGAAGAACUUGAAUGAGUUUAUAGUUCAAUGAAAUAUUGUGGGAGCUCGACUGCCUGUGAUGUUUGUGUGUGUGAUACAACUGUUUGGCUCUUCUGGGAACAUGCGCACACACAAACACACACACACACACACACACACACACACACACACACACACACACACACACACACACACACACACACACACACACACACACACACACACUUAUUACAAGCUAAAUCGCAGACACAGCAAUGGUAAAUACCAGGAAGAUACCUGCAUAAGAUGUAUUAUUUUUCCUCUAUUAUGCUGGUAGAGCAGCAUUUCCCUGUUCACUGUUCUACGAGUGUGAGUGCUGUACAUUAGUCCCGGUGCAUCCAGCUUUCGGUAUUAACUGCAACAUUUAUACAGCAUGUAUGCAUCUUGUGUAAGUGUGAGUCGCUGGGGCUAACGGGGAAACGUGAGUGUCAGAGUGUGUAUGAACGUUGAUUGUUUCUAAUUGGAUUGACUCAUUUCUGUAUGUGCCAAGCUCCAGGUGACCCAUGUCCCACUGUAGUCUACUGUAGUCUCAUCACUCCACUGUGUUGAAAUGACCUCUGAAUCAGUCAAUUAAAAUACACACAGGUCAAAGAGUACAUAAAAACUAAGACUAUGUGAAAUUUGCAUAUUUCUCAGUUAUUUUGUAUCAUGAGAGUGCAUUUUUUUGUGAAUGUCCAAGUACUAACUAUGUUCAUCAGCAUAGUAACUUUUACUUAGAAAGUGACUAACCCUAACCCAAAACCCGCAAUAUCCAAUAGUAUUAGCUGUGUCAACACAUUGAUUUAACGCUAACCAUAGACUACUAGAGCAAUCAAUAACAGAGCAAAACAUCCACUACUUAUUUUCUUUUUGAAAUGACUAGACCAGAGCAUUUAGCCUGCAGUACUCCCAGAGCCCACAUGUCGGCUCCAAACACACAGAAAUGGAGCCGCACACAAUUUCCUUUUUCCAGAUUUGUUCUAAACCUAGCAAUGAACAUAGAGAUGGAUCGAAUCAAAAUAUGAUCAGACCUGCCCCAUGCAUUCUAAAUUAAACUUAACCGUCAGUCCAUCCUAAUACAAAAAAGCCGGACAUUAUUAUAGACACAAUUCAACACUGCCUUAGGAUGCUGUCAAAAUGAUGCUUAAUGACAUGGUUGGAGGGGGACAAAAACAAGUGAGUUUUUAAGUGUUCAAGCCAAAUGCCAAUUGCCCAAUUGUAUAAACAAAAUAGCAGAUAUGUGGUGGAAACGUACAAUGUUUGUGCAAAUCACGACGUCGGGAAGUAUGAAGUAAGUGGAAUCCUUUCUGGGGAACCGACACUUUAAGAUUUACGAAACAAAAAGUCUGAUUAAUUUUCAGAAAGUUCAUAAAACUUCAUAAUUCAUAAAUAAUGUAUUAUGUAAUUCAUAAAAUUGUAAUGUAUGAGGUGUGGUAAAGUAUGACCCAUUCUGUCCAAAACAUAAUUUUGGUCACAUAGCAUCUUUAAUACCACCAUUAUAAUAAUUAGAAUAUCAAAAAGUAUUGAGUAUACAUACAUCAUUUGCAUUGCGGUACACAAAUCUGUUGUGAUUUAUGUUUUUAAUCUCUUCCAUUCUUUGUUUUCAGGAGUAUUCUUUAUUGUUUUCACAUUGUGCUG